AUGUAUUGCGUAUCUUUCAGCAUCACAAAAUUGAAAUCGGAUUUGGACGUAACGGGUGCAAAGACAACAUUGAACAUUCCACAUAUAUGGUCUAUAGAUUCUGCGAAGAAUUAUACCAUCAAGGCCAAGGGAGAUAAACAAGCCUGUGUCAUCUAUGGUUGUUGCAUGUUACCUACAGGAGAGAUUCUUCUAGCUGACUGGAACAACAGAAGACUGAAGAAACUAAAUGACAGGUAUCAGGUGAUCAGUGUACGUGAUCUUCCUGGCUUUCCCUGUGAUGUAUGUUACUGGGGUAAUAAUACAGCUGUGUUAGCUAUGGUCAAUAAGAUGCAGUUUGUGGAUGUUAGAGGAGGUAUGUCACUGACCAGGCGAGUUAAAAUAUCUCAAGAUUGUAGAGGACUUGCUUGCCAUGGUGACCAGCUGUAUGUUGUAGGUGGUAGCUCUGUUUAUAAAUACAGUACUAGUAGUUUACCGAGUCUUCUGUACACUGAUCACUCUGGUCGUGUAUCCUUCCGGCAUAUUGCAGUAAGUAACUACGGCAAUUACAUUUACAUUACAGACACCACUUCACAAAUUCACAUUAUCGAUAAUGAAGGGAACCAUCUGUAUACAUGCACUGAUCCAGAACUCCAUGGAGCCUGGGGUGUAUGUGUAGAUGGUGAAGAUCAUGUCUUGACGUGCAACCGUGUGUCAAAGAAAGUGUUGCAGAUUAGUUCUGGUAGUUUUCAAAAGCUUGGAAUCAUAGCAGACAGAACCAAUGUAUCAAAUGCUGAAGUUCUUUGCUUUAACAGAAGUAAUGCUACUCUGGUAACUGCAGGUGUUUCAGACGAAAUAGUUGUCCUCAAGCUCAAAUAG